UCGCGCCCGAUCGCCAUCCCAUCCCAUCUCUCUCUCUCUCUCUCUCGCCUCAUCAAACGAAAGGGAGUGCGAGCGAGUAAAGAUCGAGUUUUGCUCCUUUUACUUUGCUUGAUCGAAUUGUUGGGAUUCGAUCGGUCAUCGGUGAUUCUUGCAGCCGUUUUGUGCUUCUCGUGGAGAAAGGGGGGGGGAAUAAACAAAUGGCUGCGGUGGCGGAGAAGGCGAUCGGGUCGGAGGAUCAGUUCAUGCGCCACCAGAUGCCGCCGCCGGCAGACGGGGCGGAGGCGGAGUACCAGAGCGAGGUGCGGGAGCUGGUGGAUUUGCUCUCCAAAUUGAACCCAGCCGCCAAGGAGUUCGUCCCUUCUUCUAACCCUGCCCCCGCCGCCCGGCUGUCGGCAGUGACGCCCUUUUUUAUGGCCUCGGGUGGUUUCUAUAGUAAUGGUCUGCUUUGCAAUCUUGAUGGUGGUAUGGAUUCGAUCAGCGAUGGGUCAUCGAAUAAUCAGCCGAAUCGCAGAAGAAGAUAUGGUCAUAACCAGGGGCUGAGGAGGAUGAACGAUAGACUUUGGAAAGCUGAGAGGGAGGAAAGCGUUAAGCGAACUGUAUAUAUUUCUGAUGUUGAUCGUCAUGUGACUGAAGAGAAGCUUGCUGAAAUAUUUGCUACAUGUGGACAAGUGGUGGAUUGCCGAAUUUGCGGUGACCCUCACUCGGUGAUGCGAUUUGCCUUUAUAGAGUUCUCGGAUGAGGAUGGUGCAAGGACAGCUCUAAAUCUUGGUGGAACUAUGCUUGGUUAUUAUCCAGUCAAAGUCUUACCUUCAAAGACUGCAAUUAUGCCCGUGAACCCAAAACUUCUUCCUAGGUCCGAAGACGAAAAGGAAAUGGUCAUAAGAACAGUUUACUGUACAAACAUCGAUAAAAAGGUUACUCAGCCACAAGUCAAAGCUUUCUUUGAACAAUCCUGUGGUGAGGUCAGCCAACUAUCAUCAAACUGGAAUUUGCUUUGGUUAACUGUUCAAAGCAGUUCUUAUCAGUGUUUUUAUCUCCAGGUUUCUCGUCUGAGGCUUCUUGGUGACAACAUACACUCGACACGUAUUGCAUUCGUCGAGUUUGCCCAGGCAGAAAGCGCGAUCUCAGCUCUCAACUGUAGCGGCGUGGCUUUGGGGGGUCUCCCGAUCAGGGUGAGUCCGUCGAAGACGCCGGUGAGGCCGCGAUCAACCUGACGUGGAGAAGUCGGUCUGGUGAUCUGCCGUUCUGGACUUCUGGUCCGAGGCAACCGGGGCAUGAUCCUUUUCUUCUUUGUGCCUGUUGGCUGGAAGCAACCCAAGAAACUUGGAAGUUCUUUAGCUAAUCGUAUCUGUUUGGAUCGGUAGGAGGUUGGCUGCGUGCCCGUGUUAUGGUUUGGUGCAUGUUGAAUGUGUUAGAGCUUUUAUUACAAAAAAACUAACCUCAAAAUUAUCCUC